AUGCUAUACGAGGAGUUGAUGGGCGUUGCUGAUGCCGUCCCCGCCAUCAGCACGGCUUCAUCCCUUCUGAGCCACGCGCCUUGUGCCGCAGCCUGGGCCGUCAGCGAAGUGCUGCAGAACUCCAGGAGCUGGUCCGAGCACUUGCGGUCCACGAAGGGGAAGCUGCUGCAGCAAGUGCAGGAGGCACAGCAUCUCGCUGUUGAGACGUACGAACCGUACCGGCGAAUCUACGACUACCAGCGGGACUGGGACAAGGCAAGCUUCAGCAAGCAGCCUCACACCUUCGAGUCAUUGUCGGAGCAGGCUGCCCCGGGGCAAACUGCAGAGGAGCUUACUUUGGAGACAGGGGGGACAUGCUUAAGAAAGCUUGCCGGCUUGGAAGUCUUCUUGGGCCAGCGCAAAGAACCAGUCUUCCGUAGUAAUCCAUGCUUGUCAUUAUGUGAUAAUGUGCGGGGAAUAUCUUCGUGA